UAGAAAUAUAAUCAAGAGAAACCUAGAAAUAUUAUCAAGAGAAACCUAGAAAUAUUAUCAAGAGAAACCUAGGUUUGAAUGAUGACAGGAAAUUAAUUAUCCUAAGUUUGAAACAUGUCGGGAAUCAUGUUUUUUGGGAUGUCGGAGCUGGAGAGAAAACUUCCGGACCCGGAUAAGUCCAGGGCGGAUUCACCAGACUCUGGUGGUGGAGGAUAUUUCACCCUAUCUGACUCUGAUCUUGGAGCAGAUUCACCCCAAGAAGAAGAGAUCACUAAAUCCAACACCCUUUACAAAAUGUUUCGUAUUAGCAAUGGACAGUUCAGGUCCAAGAGCAAUGAUAAUGGAGUGGGCUCUGAGAAGAAAUCCAGUUUACGAAGCCGAAGUGAAACUCCCAGUCGGCUUUCAAGCAAUGACACACAUAAACGUUCAUCACCACCUAAAGAUAUCCCUAAAAAAUCGACACCACCCCGCCCCAAUCCUCCAAAAUCUUCUAUGAAAGUAAAAUCGCAGAAAUGUGAAGAGGAUGCCCCACCUCGACCCCCGCCCCCAAUAUCCUAUACCUCUACUCUACCACCACCAGUUCCUAAGAAAAUAGGAAAGGUCAAUUCUAAGUAUAACUCUAAAACACUGCCAGCCAGAAGAGUAAAUGCACCCAAACAGAAGCCGUUGCAGAAAGUUGCCCCACUUCAGAUGCAGUCACCUUCAAUGCUAGAGGCCUUAAGAAAGACUCCGUGUGCAGACAUUAUUCAUGGACAUUCUUCAAGUGAUGAAUGUGUCCUGUCUUCCCUUGAUACUCAAGAUUUAGAAUUUACACAAGAUUUGAACAGAUCAAAGCCGUCUUUUGAAAGUUAUCAAACACCCCCUUCCCCUUCUGUUGAUCAACAAACCUUUCUCACAACAUUUCAGAAAGCACAGAAACAUAAACCUGUUAACUCUCUUGAGCAGAUUGGAGAACCUACUGCAAAACUUGACCUGUCACCUAAAAAUCUGCCCACAAUUCCAAAAAAGAAAUCUCCUCCCAGAAAUGCUCAAAGAACUCCAAUUGUGAAAACAGCAAGAAGCCUUUCCAUUACAGAGGAAAAAAUCAAGUCCCCGCCUCUUAGCAGUGUUGAGAAGAAUAGACGGUCCAAUUCUCUAGGGGUUGUGAGUAAGAGAGAAACAUUGAAUUCUAAACAGUCUGCAAAUGAAUUAUCACAGAAGAAAUCUGUAGCAGUUGCAAGAUCAUCAUCAUCAUCCUCAGACUCCUCUAAAAAAUCAUCACCUUCCACCUCAAGCUAUCUGAGGAAAACUCCGAAAGAAAAUCGGAAGACGGUUCCACAGGUUCAAAAGCCUAUUAAAGUUGCUUCUGAAUCACUUGCUCAGAGAGCAAAGUCCUCAUCAGAAGAAAGAAUUAACAAAUUCAGAAAGAACCUAACAAAAUCUAAUUCUGGUUCUGAUGACAGAUUUAAAAGAAAAUCAAGCACAGCUUCAGAAUCUGACAGAGAUUCAAUAAGAAGUGCAAGAGUAAGUCGUUCUUCAUCAAUAUCCAGUGAAGCAUCUGUAAAAUCAAAGUCUCCGGUAAAAUCUAAAAGUGUUCCUCCAAGCAGCUCAAAAUCUACGACUAAAAUAACUAAACCUGAAGCAGCAAAGCUUGAAGGGAAGCCUAAAAAACUAUUUCCUCGCAAUCCCAUUCAGAACCUAAUAAAAUUUUAUGAAAGCAGUGACAAGCCACAGAAAACUGAUCAUUUGGAAGUAAAGUCAUCAAAUGGUGACUCUAAACAUCCUGUUGUACUUGAGGAUAAGUAUAACAAAGUUCUGUUCCAUCGUGGAAGCAGUCCAACGCCUUCACUAGCAAGUUGGUCUCCCUCUAUUGAGAGUUCAGUUUUCAGUACAGAUUCAACAAGCUUAAGUCCUAGUUUGGGACGACUGAGUCUUCUAAGUCAAGAGCGACAACUUGAAGCAUGGCUUAGCAGUCCACUUCAAUCAAUUGUUCAUACUAGUGAUAUGAGCUUGACAGAGAUUGACAUAUUAGAUCAAUGUAUUACUGAUCUAAUUAUUAACACUCAGGAUAUUAAACCUCCAACCUCACUUCAGCAUGAAAAGAGCCUGUUCAACCCUGAGGACCUGGUUACAAUUUUAGAUUAUCACAAGCGAAGAUCAAGUAAUGAUGAUCUUAAGUCUUCACUUCAAACUGUUAUUGACUUUGUGGAAGCUAAACAAACUGAUCUCAAAACAAAUUCCCCAAUCAACCAGACACCCAAACCUAGUUUGAUCAAGGAGAAUAAAUCUAAAGCCAAGUUUGAAGAGCAGCAGAUCAAGAUCAAGCAUGAACCUACUGAAGAUGAUCUUAAACAUGGUUGUUUUACAGAUGUAUCCUUUGCAGGCACAUUUGCUAGUGCACAACCUGAAGAGACUUUCAAGCAUGGAUGCUUUACCGAGGUUUCAUUUGCUGGAACUUUUGCUCAAAAAUCUUUGGAGAGUGUUCAAGCAACUCAGUCCGUUGAAAACUCUCAUACACUGAUAGAACCAUCUGCAGUUACAGUCAAUAAGGUAAAAGUAAAGACCCUAGAACGUGACCAUGUAAAACCCCAAUUUUCCGGAAAGAACACAGAAGAGAUCAAGAUUAAAUCUAGAAAAUCUAAAGAAGAUUGUUCCAUACAGAACACUGCAGAAACAUUACAUAGUUCAGAAAAUUCAGAUCUCGUCCAGAGUCCAGAAGAUAUUCCCUGUCCUAGCCCCCGAGUAAAGAAAAGAGCUCGAAAAGAGCAUCUCCUUCAGCAACAUAAACUCUUUGGAAAACAUGUGCUAGAUAGGAUAACACAGGAAACACAGGAGAAAGAUACGGAAGAUUUUAAAGCCAAGUCCUAUGAUGCCAUUACAGGACUAGAUGAUCUUCUCAAUGAUCUUGUUGAUCACUCAGAAUCCAUCAAACGCAAUGUGAACGAACGGCAAUCAUGUACAAGUGCCGAAAUAAGUGAACCAAGAUUAAGUAAUCAAAAUAUAUGUGACCAGAAUGAAAUUCAGGUCAAAACUGAAAAUGUUAAAAAUUCUGGAUUAAAAAACAAUAAAAAGGUAUUCCUGAGGACUGGGGUACUAUCCCGUCUAGAAGAAGAAAGAGAAGAGAAAUUAGGAGAAAAAAUCAUCAGACUUCAGGCUGUAGCUAGAGGUCACAUUGCCAGGAAAAAACUUCAAAAGUUAAAGACCCAAGAUAUUGCUAUCCGGUGUAUACAGAAGAAUGUGGAGAAGUUUAUGGGAGUCAGGGACUGGGCCUGGUGGAGACUUCUUGUCAAGGUAUCUCCUCUACUAAAUGUUCAAAGAACUGAGGAGAGGCUAAAACAACGCGAAGAUGAAGUUGAACAGCUUAAGCAGAGGUUGGAAAAGGUUGAGAGAGAAAGGAAGGAGUUUAAAGACGAAGCGGAGAGAAACCAAGCCAGGUUGAGCGAGAUGACAGCUGAUUUAACUGAGGAGCAGAAUGCUUCAACAAUAGCUACGGAGAGAUUAGAAACAGAACAGGCGGAGAGGAUGAAAUUGGAACGGGAAAAGGCAGAUCUAAUCUCCAGGAAUAAAACUCUAAAUUCAAAUGCAGAAAGGUAUGAACUAGAACUGAUGCACUCUAGAGCACUGGAUAUCAAUGGAUUAGAGGAUGGAGAUGGGGGAGUAUACAGAGUAAAGUAUGAGAGAGCUGUGAAGGAUAUGGAUCACAUUAAGAAGAUGAUGGCCCAGCAGCAUGAAGACGACCUCGAGCAGCUUGGUAUGCUCAAGAAACAGCUCGAGAAAAAGUUAAAUGAUGCCUAUGAAGAGGUGGACGAACAGCGGCAGGUGGGAGCCCAAUGGAAAAGAAAAACGCAGAAAAUUCAGGGUGAGAUGAAUGACCUGAGGUUGUUACUAGAAGAGCAGACCAGUAGGAAUUCAUUGCUGGAGAAGAAACAAAGAAAAUUUGAUGCAGAGCUUGCGAUGGUGCAGGAGGACAGACGGCAGGAUCAGCUGGCGAAGGAGAAGGUGCAGAAGGACCUGGAGCACCUGCGCCAGGAGAAGAACAGGAUGGAGGAUACCAUGAAGGGUGACACAGAAGAAUUAAAAAGAAACAGGUUUAAGGCCAAUAUUCCUGAUAAUAAACUAGUUCAAACUAACAUGUCUCGACUUUCAAGCUCUGGCCGAACGCCGAUCAGUGAACGGAUCAAGAUAUUCGACAAAUCAGCUCAAAUUCGUCCAACUCCGUCCACCCCGUCCAAGGUCAAAGUCGAUACUGCCCCAGCUAGUCCAGUUCUCAAGCCGGUCAACGCUCCCCGAUCUCAGUUCAGUGCUAAAGAUCCGACGAACCCAAAACCUUCGGUUAAAAAGUCUCCGACAAAUUCUAUUUCAUCGAGUAAAAGCGACUUGUCCCGCACCCCAUCAAAUGUUUCGACUAAAUCAGAUGUUUCUCGAUCGCCAUCAAACGCAUCGACAAAAUCCGACGUGAACCGGUCGCCUUCUAAUGCAUCUUCUAAGGCCGACGUGUCGCGAAGCCCUAGCUCUCCUCUAAAUAAAGUCGACAAAACGACUAAUGCUAAAAACUCUCCAAGCCUCUCCAAAAAGGUUGUAUCUAGUCCUCCUAAAAAGACUCUUAAAUCUACUCCCAGUCGAAGCACUCCUACUCAUAAAGCGACAGUAACUCCUCCAAAACAAGAGGCACCUAAAACUACUUCUGUCGCACCCGCUUCUGUCGCUACUGUCGACAUCGCCGUUAGUAAUAAAGAGAACCAUGUCGAUUCUGUCGACCGAAAGGUGUCCGCUGUCACUGACGAGUUUAAAUCCGUCGAAAUCAGUCGAAAGAAAAGUUCCGUGUUUGAGAAGAAGGUUUCCGUCGUUCAAAGCGACAUACUCGAAACCAUCAGCGACACAACAGAAGUUUUAUCUAAGAAAUUGUCAACAACAGUCGACAUUUUAGACAGUGAAGUAGUGAUUGAGAAAAAUAAAAGAAACCACAAAGUAUCAAACGGUUUAUCAGUGAACCAUGUUGAAAAUGUUCAACAAGUUGAAAUAAAGCGUUCUAAGGAGGAAUCGUAUUGGGCAGAUAAAGCCUUAAAUAAUCCCACGGCGGAGUCUAUAUCUAAGGUGAAGAGUGAGGGUAUGAAGAUAGAUUUGGAGAGUAGAGAUGAGAAGAUUUCAGCUCUAAACAGAGAAAUAUCAGACAUCCAGAUGGGAGGCGCAACAGAGGUAAAAAUACUUUUUGAAGAAAAACUUUUUAAAAAUAAUGUGUUCCAGGUCCAAAUGCUUGAAGGAUCCAAGACCAAGAUCGAAAUGGAGAUGGCAGCUCUGAAGAAAGAACACCGGCGUGAAAUGACAAAUCGUGACGAGGAAAUCGAAGAAGCUCGAGCAUCAGCGAGCAAGAAGGUUAAAAUCCUCGAACAACAACUCGAGCAGGAACACGAGGAGCGUAUAAUGUUUCUUAGAGAAAGACAUGAACUGGAACAGAAGAUUGGAACACUACAGGAUAUGCUGGAACGGUCAGGAGACGAGGAACAGGUUGCAAAGCUGAAAAAGGAUUUGCGUAAGACUAAAGCUCUAUUACGUGACGCACAAUUGCUUGUAGAGAAAACACAGAACGAAGGAACCAAUAAGGUUAUCCUCAGACAACUUAAGAACCAGCUCGAAGACGCAGAAUUUGCUCGAACAGCUGCAAUGAAAGCUCGCCAGAAUGCUGAACUAGAACUAGCAGAUACACAACUACAGUUGGAGGAUGUAUCGAGGGCUAAGCAGGACCUGGAGGAGAAACACUUGAGAGUGUCCAGGGAGAAGGCAGAGUUCGCCAGCCAGCUCCAGGAGAACGAGGAGGAACUACAGGAUGUGAUGAGGAAAUACAAGGCCAGUGUAGCAGCAGUCUCCACAGACCAGAUUACCAUUCAAGACCAGCAAAGCACUAUUCAGGAGCUAGAGGAGGAGAGGAAUAAGCUACGUGACGCAGUUGCUGAGUUAAGUUCUAAGCUCGGAAACCUGGAGGGGGAAAAUGUUUCCACUGCACAACACAAACGAUUGGAGCUGAAGAUACGAGAACUGGAGAGUAAACUAGAGUUGGAGCUGACCAGUAGGAGUAGACUAGAGACACAGAUAGUCAGGUUGAAGGAGACUAUUGAGAAGAUUACUAAGGAGAAGGAUGAGGCUAGGCUCCGUGAGCAACAGAGCAGCGAACAGAUCAAGAAGCAUAGCAGGCAGAUCAGGGAGAUGAAGGAGGACUACGUUACAGUCCAGGGUAAAGAAAUAGAGUUGAGUCAAAAGAAGAAUGAUCUUGAAAAACAGUUAGAGGUUGCUGAGGCUGAAACUCUAACUGUGAGGUCGGACCUUAAGCUGGCCUUAAAGAGGAUCGAGGACCUGCAGGCCGCCCUGGCAGGGGAGAUGGAUUCAGAUAAUUCAGAUGAUAAUUCAGACAGUUCCGAUGAUGAGAUGCACAGUUUCAUGGAACACCACCGUCGAGCCAUGUCAGUUCAACGGGAGCGGGAGUCCAUGGCUCGGGAGUCAAUAGUGCGGGAGUCCAUGGCUCGGGAUUCUUCAAUCCUGCGGGAGUCAGUAACGCGCGAGGUCCGAUCCAACGGUACCAGAACCUUUGCCUCCAUAGAUGAAUCCCGAGAAUCCAUAUCAAUGGACGCGUCAAAACUUUCUUCCACAAUUGCUGAGAUUGAUGAAUCACAAGCAUAGUUAGUGUAUGGAGCAGGGUCACCAGGAGCGGGAGAUCAUCCAACCUAUUCCUAGGACCAGACAUAUGAUACUACUGGUGCAGCAGCUUAUCUGUGAUUCAAAAUGGCGCCAGAUUCAAAAUGGCGGAUUGGUAAAAUCUGCAAAACCAUGCCACAAAAAUCCGCAAAAUGGCGCCGAUUCUUUGUCGUUUCCUUCUUUUUGCUACGGCAUGCGUGUUACAGGAUUCAGGAUUUUUUGGAUCAGUGUGACUUGGAGUUAUAUCUUUGUGUAUUUGUUAUUUUGUAAAUGAAAAAUCUGUCAGUAGAUCAACAUGUUGCAUUCUAAAUAUUUUUGACAAUUUGCCAUUAUUAAAAUUGUAAAAUGAUUGUCAACUAGUUUCGAAAUAUUUUAACUUAUUAACAAAAUGUUUUUUUUUAAUGAAGAAAUUGUCCCGUAAUUCUAACAAUGCUUCACGUGUCACGCCCAUGCUGAUUCCCUUUAGUCUUUUUUUGCGGGGGUUUCCCAUGGGAAAUUAUAAAUAUAGAUAUAUUGAUAAAUUAGGAAUUAUGUAAUAAAAGAUUAAAUUAA